UCGACGCCUGGCGUCAGUGUAUCCUGUCACCUUAAUCUGUGGAAGGAAGGUGUCUAUCAUCAAGAUAUCACCCCUGGAAACUUGAUGUGAUACAGAAAAAACGGCAAACUGAUUGGUGUGCUGUACGACUACGAUCUAUCCUCGUUGGCGAAUGUAGUGGGUCCUCGGGGCAACGAGCGUACGGGCACGGUACCGUUCAUGGCGCUGGAUGUUCUCAGUGCAAAGGCUCAACAAGGCGAAGUCAAACACCUGUAUCGCCAUGAUCUGGAGUCUUUUAUGUGGGUUUUUGCAUGGGUUUUCUUGCGUUACAAGCAGAGAGUCCUUCUACCAUGCGGAUCGCGCCCCUUCGAUGAGUGGGCGACUUUAGACGCCAUUGCAUGUGGCGAGAAGAAGUUGUUCUUUCUGGAAAAUGCUUUCGAUUAUCAACCUCCGGAAUUCCGAACUUCCGAAUUAGACAUAGAUUGGGAACUUCUUGUAGAAUAUUUUGAGGCGCUCGAUACAGCUGCCUACAAUCGCCGGACUCGCGUCCGCCGUAUUCGACUUGUUCACCCGCGAUCGAUGGAAGGAGCAGGCGAGCGGACAAACGAUGAAGAAUCAGUAUCGGAUAUGGAUGAUUUGCUACACAAAUUCACAGGUACUAUGGCCUGGGUUAAGUUCAGCAAUCGUUCACCUUCACAGUGAUUUUAUUUAGUUGUGACAUCACUCAAUUGGCUGUCCCAAAAUGGUCAAAUACAAUAUGUCUCAAACCGCCCGUUAAA